CCAUUCAAACUCUUCCCUAUGAAAAAGCCAAAUACAUCUGACAUUGUUUCCCUCCCUCCUCUUUCCCCACACUUUUUUCAAGAAGUCUCUUUUUCCUUUGUGGCUCCAAGGGGCUAAAAGCCAAGUUCAAUGGUCUAUAAACCCCAUUUCCUCCUUUAGAACCUAAAGCAAAGUUGAAGAGUAGAUGAAGACCUUCUCCAUGCUAAUCUUCCUCAUUUCUCUUCUCUUCCCUUUCUUCUUAGCCUCUCAGUCUGCAACCAUUGUGGUAGAUGGUGUUUCAGAGUGGAACAAUCCCGUUGUCCAUGUGGGAGAUUCAAUAAUUUUCAAACACAAGUAUCACUACAAUCUCUACAUUUUCCAGAACAAAAAUGCCUUUAAUAUCUGCAAUUUCACCCAAGCUACGCUCCUCACUAAAUCCAACUCCACCUCCUACACGUGGCACCCAUCUCGUCCUGGAUUCUUCUACUUUGCUUUCAACAAUGGCUCUCUCAAAACAUGCCAAAGCUCUCAAAAGCUCUCCGUUAAAGCAUCUCCCGCGCUACCUCCAAGAAAUGCAACAACCACCCCUUCACCGGACUUACCUCCGGCAGCGGCUCCAGCACCAACUUCUGGUGGACCGAUUGUGUCGUCUUCUCCAGUAUAUCCAUGGCCGUUCAGGCCUCGCCAGGCGGCGGUUUCACCAGCACCAAGUGCUACCUCGCCAGUAACAGUACCGAGUCUAGUGCCGGGUAAAGGUGGUGGCAUCCCUUUAAUCAACAGCAACCCUGCAGUUCCAUUGCCGACUGGUGAAGUUGAUUCUGCAACUAUUCGACCUUUGCCCACCUCUGAUCAUGGAGGACAGGCGGCGGAAGGAUUCAUGGCGGCACCAGCUCCAAUGAAUGUAUUUUGUGUGGCAUUUCUACUAGUGCUGUAAAAAGAGAGAACGGGUGUGAAAUUUGGUUGUACAUUAAGGAACAUUUUGAGUAAAAUUGAGUGAUUUAGAGGGUGAGUAGGUGUAAGGUGUAUGGUUAGGUUAGAUUAGAAUAUAUGGUAUGGUGUUGUAAGGUGAAAGGCAAUGCCAUGGCAUGCCGAUUGCUAUACAUGCCAUAGUCCAGUCUAGGCCCUACUUUGGAAUCAUUGUCAUGCAAUUUGCUUUCCUUUUUCAA